GCCACCGUGUUUAGAUUUUAUAUGUACCUAUAUAUGUAGCAGUUGUACUCAAUCUAUGGAUCCGGUAGACUAUCAGACAACGUACAGUGCAUACACAUGCCAUUGGCGAAUUAAAUCUACAUAUAUGUAAAUUAUAUAUAUGAAUUAGAUGAUUCUCAUUCUUAUAUAGAUUAUACAUUUGUAUAUGUAUACUAACCUAUAUAUAUAUAGGUUAUGCGUAUAACCUAAGAAUAUUGCUUAACUUAAUAAUCAACAGUCAGUGAUAAACUACACCAGAAAAGGUAAUGUAAUUUUAUGGAAAGAAAAAUAACGGAGGAAAUGUUAUUUAUGUAACGUUUUUUAAUCAAUUUUAUGUAAUUUAUGAAUUAACAUUGAGGGCUGUUUGAAGAAAACGUCAACAAUGGCUGAGAUAUCUUCUAAUACCAGUGCGGAUGAAUGUACUCCAGCGAAAAAAAUUAAAAUAGAAACAGAAAAUGAAUGCAAAAAUGCCACUAGUAUACAUGAUGUAGAAUUCUGCUCGUCUACAUUUAAUAUAAAAAAAGUUUUGCAAAAUAAUUGCACAAGGAAACAGAUAUGUAUAGAGGGUGCUUUCAAAGGAUAUGAAGGUUCGGCGGUUAUUUUAUUGGAGAAACAAAAUUUUUCGGAUGAUGAAGCAGCUUUGAAAGAAUUAUUUAAUAAAGAUACAGUUUUACACAAACUUUAUAACAAUAAUAUUUAUGGGAAUUAUGAGUGUUAUCCUCUUAAAAAAUAUAAUGGUAUAAAUGCGACGAUAAUACAUCCUGCAACGGCAAAACAUAUCGAAAAAUUUCGGAGGAAAGAUCUUCAUAUCAUAGAUGAAACUUACGAACUAUAUCAAAAAAUUACUCUUCCAUAUAUAGAGUCAAGCAGUUUUUCUAUAGAAUGGGUGUAUAAUAUUUUGGAACAUAAGGCAGAACAAGAUAAAAUUGUAUACGAAGAUAAAGAUGAGAAGACUGGGUUUAUAAUAGUAAAUGAUUUGAAAUGGGAUGGGCAAACAAAUACAUUAAAAUUUAUAGCACUUCCAUUUCAAAAGAUUCAAUGUAUUAGAGAAUUGAAUGCAUCUCAUCUUCCUCUACUAAAGAAUAUAAGAGAAGCUGGAACUGCUGCAAUUGCUGAAAAGUUUAAUGUACCUGCUUCUCAACUUAGAAUAUAUUUACAUUAUCAACCAUCCUAUUAUUAUCUCCAUGUUCAUUUUGCAUAUCUCAUGUUUGAAGCUCCAGGUAUAUAUGUGGAGAAAGCACAUCUUCUAUCUACAAUUAUAAGAAACAUUGAAUUAAUGUCAGAUUAUUAUACAAAGGCUGUACUGUCAUAUGCUGUUGCAGAAGGAGAUCCUUUGUACACUAAAUUUGUAAAAGAAGGAGUUAUAAAUGAAGUAUCUAAAUCUAAAACUACAGAAGAUUGAAAAAUAGCACAAGAAUAAUUAUGUAUUAAAGUGAUUGUAAUUGUUUUAUAAACUGUGUAUGAAAAAAUGUAACAGCACUUUACAAAUCAAAUUAAUACCAUUUAUAAAUGUAA